CAGUGCCCCCGCUCGGCGCGGCCCAGAGCGGAGCGCAGUCAUGGCGGUCAAGGCGCUCAACCCCAAGGCCGAGGUGGCCCGUGCCCAGGCCGCGCUGGCCGUCAACAUCAGCGCGGCCCGCGGGCUGCAGGACGUGCUAAGGACCAACCUGGGGCCUAAAGGCACCAUGAAGAUGCUCGUGUCGGGGUCCGGAGACAUCAAGCUGACCAAAGAUGGCAACGUGCUGCUGCAGGAAAUGCAAAUCCAACACCCCACGGCCUCCUUGAUAGCAAAAGUAGCAACAGCACAGGAUGACAUCACUGGAGAUGGCACCACCUCAAAUGUCCUCAUCAUUGGAGAGCUCCUAAAGCAGGCAGAUCUUUAUAUUUCUGAGGGUUUGCACCCUAGAAUAGUUGCAGAAGGGUUUGAGAUUGCCAAGGAAAAAGCACUUGAGGUUUUGGAGCAGGUCAAAGUGUCCAAGGAGAUGGACAGGGAGACCCUCAUAGAUGUUGCCAGGACAUCCCUCCGGACUAAAGUCCAUGCUGAGCUUGCUGACAUCCUGACAGAGGCUGUGGUAGAUUCUGUUCUGACAGUCAGAAAACCAGGUGAGCCCAUUGACCUGUACAUGGUGGAAAUCAUGGAGAUGAAGCACAAAUCAGAAACAGACACAACGCUGAUCAGAGGGCUGGUUCUGGAUCAUGGAGCUCGCCACCCUGACAUGAAGAAAAGAGUGGAAGAUGCUUUUGUUCUUACCUGCAAUGUGUCUCUGGAGUAUGAGAAAACAGAGGUGAGCUCUGGAUUCUUCUACAAAAGUGCUGAAGAGAGGGAGAAGUUGGUGAAAGCAGAAAGAAAGUUCAUUGAAGACAGAGUCAACAAAAUCAUAGAGUUGAAAAGAAAAGUCUGUGGUGACUCAGACAAAGGAUUUGUUGUGAUCAACCAGAAGGGAAUUGACCCAUUUUCCUUGGAUGCACUUGCCAAAGAAGGAAUUGUAGCCUUGAGGAGAGCUAAAAGGAGGAACAUGGAAAGAUUGACCCUGGCCUGUGGUGGCACUGCCAUGAAUUCUGUGGAGGAUCUCACUCCUGACUGCCUGGGACACGCAGGGCUUGUCUAUGAGUACACCCUGGGAGAGGAGAAAUACACCUUCAUUGAGAAGUGUGAGAACCCCCGCUCUGUGACCCUGCUCAUCAGGGGCCCCAACAAGCACACGCUCACCCAGAUCAAGGAUGCAGUGAGGGAUGGGCUGCGGGCUGUGAAAAAUGCCAUCGAGGAUGGAUGUGUGGUGCCAGGAGCAGGGGCACUGGAGGUGGCAGUAGCCAAUGCUCUUGUGAAACACAAACCCAGCGUGAAAGGAAGAGCCCAGCUCGGAGUUCAGGCUUUUGCUGAUGCUCUGCUCAUCAUUCCUAAGGUGCUUGCUCAGAACUCAGGAUAUGAUCCCCAGGAGACGCUGGUGAAGGUCCAGGCUGAACACGUGGAGUCAGGGCAGCUCACUGGGGUUGAUCUCAACACUGGGGAGCCAAUGGUGGCUGCAGCAGCUGGAAUCUGGGAUAAUUACAAUGUCAAAAAGCAGCUGCUUCAUUCAUGCACGGUGAUUGCCAGCAACAUUCUCUUGGUGGAUGAAAUCAUGCGAGCUGGGAUGUCCUCUCUGAAAGGCUGAGCUGGAGCUGCUGUUGGGCCAGAGGCAGCUCCAGCAGUGCCCUGUGGAAUUUCUCCGAGGAAUCCACCCCAGGGAUUGGGGUGGAUCCACAGACCUUGGCUGUGGUGGAUGUCCCAGCACCAGAAGUCGCUCUGCCAUGAGGGGCAGCCCCUUUGGUAACACGGCCACUCAAAAUCUUAGCAACUCAAUCAAAGAUUUGGCUCUAAAAAGGAGUUACUUAUUUUUAUUUCACUGAACUGUGUGGCUUUCCAUUUUUACCCAAUAAACUGUUCUGUUCUGUG